AUGGCGGCCGGUAAGGGCGGUGGUCAAGGUCGCAAGAGAUCCACUUUUAAUGAAAACCUGAGAUCUAAACUACUUUCAUUAGAUAACGAAGGUCAAGGAAUAAACGGAAGCACUUCCUUGCUAGCUUCUGUUACAGAAGUAUCAUCACAGCCCUCGAUUAAACUGCAUUUGUCAACCAACACACCAGCAAACACUAAGAUUUUUACAACUCAAGUCGAAGACAGUAAACUGUCUAGUAUCAUGGUGAUGUCACCUGGCAAUAGCAGUAUCCAGACGUCUGCCGUCUGUGAUAGGCUUCUAGACUCAACUCAAGUGUCACUUCAAACAGAGUAUUUCCAUUUACCUCAACCAUCGUCUAGAAUAACAAUUUCAUCUAUCCGAGCCACAGGUGGUGUAGUAUCUCACCGUGGCCAAACUCUCUUCACUGGUGCCCCUGUGCACUCAACAGUUCCAACUAACGAAUCAUCCAGUAAACUCUCUUCUAUAAAAACUUCUAAAGCUCUCGUAACUUUCAGCAGGAUAUCCUCCUUUCCUGCUUUUUUAACAAAGGAAAGCGAGUUAAUUCCAGCUACAUCAACGACAGUUUACAUCGCUACGACACCAAACCCUCAGUCUGCUACCUCCAGCUACAAAUAUAACAUAUCCAAUACUAUUACCUCGGCAAAAAGGUCAAAACGGGCCGACAAUGUUGCACAAGUGACCAGUAUGUCAUCACCACAGGGGAGCUCAACGAUACCAAUUCCUCAAAAUAACACAAACUCAAUACGGGUGAUUAUGUCGUCUGCAGGUAUUAUUGCCCCAAGAUCAAGAACUUCGUGUAAUAACAGCAGCGUGUGUCUCUUAAAUCUGUCAGCUAAAAACAAGGCAACUACCGUCUCAUCGGCGCCGAUUGCUACAUUGAAUUCACAGUCAACCAAAGCCACACAUGUUACAUCCGGAGAAGAAGUAACAGUGUUUCCUAGUGACACAACUCUUUUAACUACAUCUGCGACCUCGAAAGGAAUCUCUGUUAAUAUAAUGACUUCUCUUGACGAGAUAACCAAAACUACUGGCAUUUCUCAAAAUCUUCAAGCAACAGAGGUGAUAUCACAUUUUGUUCGGAGUGGUACAGGAUCAGCUUCAUACUUAGUACGCAUUACGUCAGUACGCAGUAAAUCAGUGAGAAAAGUGACCACUCGACAAUCUUCGACGACUUUUCUGAAUGUUGAAGCCUCGACACUUCCAUGCAGCAAUGCCGAUCAAAAAGCAUCCUCGUUGUCCCCUUCGCGUGUCAAGAUAUCUACUGCUUUAAACAGCAAACACUUUAAACAAACCACAACCACCCACAGGCACCAUAAGACAACAAUCACAGCACGUCCUUUGAUGUCGUCAUCCGUGGAAACCUCCGGGGAAAGGCUCAAAACUCCAAACACUGGAAACCACAGCACACAGCACGUUCGUACCUCUGUUACGUCGAGUAUAAUCUCAAUAAAGCGGACCAUCAAAUCUACCUCACACGAUUCUCAUCAACUUGGUACAACUUCAUUGCAGAAGGCCACAUCAACAUUAACGAGCAAGAUGUUGACUACAACAUCAAUUGUUCAUCACAGCCUUCCACGGUUCCGAACGUUCACACCACUAUCCUCCGCUUUUUUCAUCUUGAAAAGUUCACGCGAAUUGUCCGAAUCAAAAACAGAAAAAAUUCCCAAAACAGUCUCAAUAGCUCUAAGCGACUCAACCCAGUUCAUCAUAAGUAAAUCAGGGAGAUUUAGCAAAGCCAGUGUACUCUCCACGCAUCAACAGUCAUCAUUGCCAAGCAUAUCCAGUAACAGAUCACUUACUGGUCAUUCCAAAAUUUCCAAAACAGUCUCAAUAGCUCCAAGCGAAUCAACGAUUCCUCUUCCAAGUAAAAUCGCAACAAUAGCGUCUAGUUCAUUAUCCGAUGAAAUUUUCAUCUCAAAUAAUAAAUUGUCAUUGGGGAGCAAAACCAUACAGAUCAAGAAGUCCAAGAUGUCCACUUUGAAUUUAACGAGUGUGGGUGAAACGUUAGCGUUGAAGUCGUCUUCAGCCCAGCUUAUUAUAAGUAAACCAGGGAUAUUUAGCAAAGCCAGUGUACUCACCACGCAUCAACAGUCAUCAUUUCCAAGCACAUCCAGUACCACAUCACUAACUGGUCAUUUCAACAUCUUUAUUUCGACAACUUCAAUGAUAACCUCAAGUCGCCCAUUGCCUCCAAAGUCAAUACAUUCCACACAGACUUUGACUCGUAAUUUUCCGUCAUUCACACAGGCAAUAACAUCGAAACGCGAGACAAGUCCAACUGCCACACCUCCAGGUACAUCACAUGUUCCGAGAACCAGUGAAAAAUACUCUUCUAAACAAAGUAGUCAAACCAUAUCAACUGUGCAACCAAAGACGGCAUCGAGUAAUCGAAACUUGUCAUUACCUGUAACUUCAGUAAGGCCUUCCCUCUCUUCCACGCCCGGAUCUGCAACCAAUAGGAGCCCAUCUAUCGGAAAACCGUCAACAAGGUACUCAUCGUUAACAUCAACAUCGUUGUUCCCACCAAAGAAUACUACACCUCAAACCGUUGUGAUCACAAGCCAGGUGACGGCUGAUAGUAAAAUCCCAUCGUCAUCACAUUUGACCUUGACCAGUAUCUCGAAUGUUUCACCAACGAAAACUGUGUCUUUGUCUGUUACGUACAGUUCUAAAGGUGUGAGGUCUGCAUCACUCAUGCAUAAAUCCUUGGUAACCUCAAAGAAGACCAGGCCAGCGUCGAUUUCAGCUGUUACUUUAAAGCUUGAAUCAUCAGAGGUGAAUUCUAAGCUUUUUCGAUUUUCUGCAACCAGUCUCCACUCCAUUGAAUCUACUGAAUCGCUUGAAUCAGUAAUUUCAGUCAUGACACUUGCUGGUCACUCAAGUUUAACUUUCUCUCCUAAAAUCACCGUUGUUACGUUAGAAAACACCCAGACUCAGGCCUCUACAGAACCUCAAACAGCUUUAAAAGUUACAAGACAGAGUUCACAAAUCUUCGUUGAUGCAACAACAGUUGGAACUGCAACACCAGUACUAGUGACUUCAUCCAGUGCCUCGACACAAACGGAACCACCGCUCGAGAUUCCAAGUCAAUUCGAAGGUCGCAUGAUUCUGGGAAUGCCGUGGAAACCCCAAUACGAGUAUCCUCCGGGAUCCCAAACCCUUGCAACAACAAUAACAGAAAAACUAACCAAAGCGCUGAAUGAUCUUGAAGGUUUCAUCUCAGUGCAAGUUUUACGUUUGUGGAAGAGCAGUGUCGGCGUCGAUUUUGUUGUGUAUGUAAAUAAGCAAGCCUCUGUAGAUGAAAGUGUCGUAGAAAGAAAACUCAUUGAGGCAAAUAGUACUGGUGUUUUAGACCUACCUUUAACAAGCCUUCAAUUCAAAGUAAAGGACACUCCAACGACACAGAACUUACCCACAACUAGCUCCACAACAGAGGAAAAAUCCAUUGAGCUUUGGGUCAUCAUUCUCAUUGUUGCCAUUAUUCUGGUAUUCUUGCUGUUGAUAAUCAUUUGCAUAAUAGUGGCAAAACUAGGUAAACAAAGAGGUGGUUUACGUAAAAGUGGAAAGUACAAGCUUUCAAGCUUCGACAACUUCUUAAAUUCUGAACAAACAGAGUCAAGGACAAAACCUGUGAUACUGAAAAUGCAGGAACGAAAACGAACUGUCAGAGGAAGUCGAAAAUCUGUAGGUCUAUACGAUGUGUACAGUCUUACGAAUAGUCACAGUGAAGAGAGCCUUGCACAAAGCCAAAGUCCGACAAUUAGACCAUCAGACGAUUAUAGUGUUCCCGCGUAUAGGAAUUCGAACAAUGACUCCACAACUGUGUCAUCAAAAACACAAGAAAGAGCUAAAGACGUUCGGGACGAUCCCAGUCAAAUUAGCAUUCUUCUAAACGAUAGUAUGACGCCAUCAAUUGAGCUUGAUAAUAAAAGUAACCAAGGGUACAGGAAUUCCCACGAGGACUUAACUGCAAACGAGGCUGUGCGACUACAAUUAAGUGAAACUAAACAAAUCUCUGAAGGCCCAGAGGCAUCGCAGCCCUUCGUUAAGGGCGUUACCUCGACCAGCUAAGGUGGUGUUGACCAAAAUAAAUGCUACGGGCUUGAUAAGGAGAGCUGGACACCUCUACAGAAGAUGGAAUUCAUGGCCAAGGUCUUCGAAGUUGCAUAGAACAGAAGUAAAUCGAACAAUCAAUAGUAAUCGUUUGCAGCGUAGCUACAGUGUUUGCAGUUUAUCUGCAACUAUAGAGUCAAUUAACAACUAGAGAAAGAUAUGCCAAUCGGUUUCUAAAAUAACAGUGAGCCCCUUUAAAACCGAAAUUCUGUCAACUUAAACUAAAAUAAACAGCUAUUGUCAUCUUUUUUUACCACAACCGUAAAUCCAUAUCUUAUAUACACAGAACAAAAUGCCAAUAUAAAUGCAACGAACAACGUCCAAGUGAGUACUAUAUUGUUUUAUUACGAAAUUCUGACCCACUAUAAAAAAACCUUUACAACUCAAAAGGCAACCAAAUACAAAGGUAGAAGUCUUCAAGAGGUAACUACAAGCGGGAAAGACAAGACAACUUUACUUCUCUCAACAUUUUUCAGAUUCAAGAGAGUGAAAAGCGGUUACAACGUUUCAUGACAGAAACUCGUUCUCGGUCAAAUAAACGAUAAAAUAUCAGUUUGCUUUCAUUGACUACUUAAAGGAAAUCGAGUUCGCUUUAAGGUAUACAAAGGGGGAAAUUUUAAUCAAACCACAAUAGCUACUCAGCUAAAAUUUCAUUUUAAAGGUAAAAGGUUCAGAACCAAAGCAAACGUUUAAUACAAUAUAAUAAUAUAGGUUAUUUGAGGUUCCCCCGUAAAGGCUUCUCAGCCACAAUGUAAUGUAACUAAGUGCUUUAAAAUCCCCACUGGCAGGAGGCAGACCAGUGGGCUAUUUACAGAGCGCAUCCGAGGAGUUGAACUAGGAGCAACCAAGAGCAAAUCCUGUUGGGCAGGGGCA